AUGGAGGAAAUCAGGUCAGCAAUAAUUGCUCAGUGUGGCCGUGUCGUGCUGACCACCAGGCUGGAGGCCAAGGCCCCCUCGGACGCUGCUCCCCACGACAAGGCCCCAGACUGCUCCCGCUCUCGUCAUGACCCGUCAUGGUUACAGAAUGACCUCGAGUGGAUGUCCUGGGAGAGGGCUGGCACAGCGCAGGAGAACACAAAGACCCGGAAAGACCGUCCUCAGGCCGCCAGUCCCCAGGAAAAGGCGGUCGCUGAGGACAGCAGCAGGGGCACCUGCGGGCUCAGCAAAGGCCCUUUCAGGAACGGGACAUUUCUUGGCGGAGUGGGUGCGCACAGGGUAGUUCUGGUAGGCAGGAGCAGACGAAGCUUUGCGAAGGCCUUGAACACCAGCCCCGGCCCUGAGCGCAGCUGGGGCGAACACGGGCCCCUCCAGGAGGGCCUACGGGAGAAACGCAGCCGCAGCCCGGGGCCCAGGAACUCCGCGCCGCGGGGAGAGCUCCGGGCACUGGGCGGCCCCUGGGGAGCCCAGGACUGGGGGAAGACCACCCACGAGGGGCGCCCUCACGGAGAGCUGGCACUGGCUCUGCAGCCUGGCCCACAGGUGACAUUGACACAGAGGCUGGAGCCCCUGGGACAGGGCUCGCCCCAGCCCCAGCCGCUGGCUGGACUACCCAGGGCUCCCUGUAGCCAGGACGUGCGGAGCCCGCCAGCCUCCAUCCUCGCAGCUAUGGAGGCCCUGGGUCCUGGGGGCGAGCGCACCUCCCCGACCGCCUCUCCACGAGGCCUGGACUUGCGGCGGCGGUCCACGGGCGCCGACUCGGCCUAUAGCUCCUUCUCCGCGGCCUCCGGGGGCCCUGAGCGGCGCACCCCAUCGCCGGGACCUGAGGUCCCGCCGCACCUGGACCGGGAACUGCCGGGUGCCCGCGCCAGGACCCGCGGGCCGCGGGCGCCUCGCCAGCCAGCAGCGGAAGUGGUGUUUCUCGGAGCCGGGGAAACUGGAUCGCGUGGGUCAGGGCGGUGGGCCGCCCGGAGAAGCCUUGAGUGAGACCUGCGCCAGCCCGGGGCUCGCCGGGCCCGAGCCCCAGGAACUGCCACACGAGGCGAGGGCUGUGUUCAGAGGGCCGCGGGAGACGCAACCCCAAAGCACGGUGGAGCUGGACGCUGGGUCCGAGAAGUUGGGCAAUGCCCAGAGGCCUGGCCGUCAGCGUCGGAGUGCUUCGGGCGAGGCGUUGGGUCCCUGGAGAGGGCCAGGAGGAGCCAUGGCCACUGUCCAGGUGGUUCCCCACGGAGCAGAAACGCCGAGGCCGCUGUUUCUGACCACAUUUUCCAGGUUUUUGCCUCAGAAAGAGGCUGCGGUGGUGUGCCCUGCAGAGGUCCCUCGGAGCAGCCCAGCCCACUGUGAGCAGAGGGUCCCAGAGACCUGCUUGGAGCCUGCCCGGCUGCCCUCCCUUCCUGACGAUGAUGUGUUCCUGGAAGAAGCCCCACUGGACAGGAUGACACCACCUCCAGAGUCCUGCUCCGUCGAAGGAGCAUCAGCCAGUGUCCAUGCCUCUGACCAGAGUUCUGGAACUGGCUUGGGCCAAAGAACUGGCCAGGCUACGCCCCCCCCAGAACGUGCCCUUCAUGAAUGUCCUGGGACUGCAGGGGCAGAUGUCCACUGGCAGGGGGUAAAUGGUUCUGUGGGUGUCUCGAAGCCCACAAGCUAUGGCGUUCCCGAAACUGCAAAUGGGGACAUCCCUACCACCGGCUCCACUGGACUGCUGACCCCUGAAACCCCUGCAGGUGCAGAAGAUGACCCUCUCAAGCCUUCCCCAGUUGAUGCCCUGGGCUCUUCAGGCAGUGGAACCGCAGGGCCCCCUUACCACACUUCCCUGGCCUGGGGCACUGGCCAUCUGGGCUCCAGACCAACAUGGCCCAGCCAGCGUCUGGAGGAGCUGGCUCAGGAGCUGGCCAGACUGGAUCCCUCCCUGACUGACACUCUUGCCUCUGAGCCCAGCCCAGAGCCGGCCCUGGGCCUGCUGGAUGGGCUGAUCCCUGGGACAGAGGUCUGGGCCACCAGGAGGCCAGCCUGCGGGGAGGCUGGACAGGAGGCAGCGGGUUCUUCUGAGCCAGGGUCUCCUCAGUUCAGCUUCACCCAGCUGCUGCCAGCUUCUCAGGAGACAAGGCCAGAAGAUGCUACCGUCCAACCUGUGCCCCGCCAGCCAUGUGGCGUCAGCAUCCAGGCCAAGAAAGUGGAGUUAGCCGGCCUCCUCCAGGAGAUGCUGCAGGACCUUCGGGCCAAGCAGGACCAGCUGCAAGGGGUGGCUGAGGCGUGGGCCAGGCGCAGGGCGGCUCUGGAGGCUGCAGUGGGCCAGUCCUGUGCACCCCGGGAGCUGGAGCGGUUCGGCCGCUUCCUGGCGGACCUAGAACGCGUGCUGGGCCUCCUGCUGCUGCUGGGCAGUCGGCUGGCCCGUGUGCACCGCGCCUUGGCCCGGGUGGGCCCGGAUGGCGACCCUGAUGAGCGGGCCUCUCUGCUGCAGCGGCUCCGGCUUCUGCAGCGACAGCAGGAGGACGCCAAGGAGCUGAAGGAGCACGUGUCGCGGCGCGAGCGGGCCCUGCGCGAGGUGCUGGCGCGGGCGCUGCCGGCCGAGGAGGUGCGCUCCUACUGCACCCUGCUGGCUGACAAGGCCGCGGUCCUGGCCCGGCAGCGCAGUCUGGACGAGCGUGUCCGGCUCCUGCAGGACCAACUGGACGCCGUCAGGAGCGACCUGGGCCAUCGGCCCCUUUCUCCCAGGCCAUCCUGGCCCCCAAGGACCUGCCCUCCGGAUAAACAGCCCUUCUCUCCUCCCGCUACCUAGUUCCAGCCGGCGCGGUGGGGAGCACUGUAAACCCCCACCCCCACCCCGCGCGCAUCUGGGGCGGUGCUGGUUUAUCGAUGGAGCAGGGACGAGCAGGCCUAGCUGCUUCCCGGGAGAAUCCUUCCCACUAUCCCACGCCGCCUCCCCCAAGUCUUGUGGGUUACUUUGGAAUUACUGAAAACCUGCAGUGUCCCCCUUCUGUGAUGAGAGGGGUCCUGUAAGAGUUGGCUGGAGGGGAGAUAGUCGGAGGAGCACUUCAAUUUAAGGUGCAAAACAGCCUUUUAUUUUUUCCAAUAAAAAUUUCCUACGAGG